AUGAGUAAUUCACCAAGUGGAAGUACUCAUUCAUCAUCCGGCAGAGAAAAUCCUGUUGGAUAUCCAGGUUCAACACAAAUGAAACGUCGAAAUAGUCGAGAAAGUCCAAGGGCUUUUUAUGAAAUUCCAUCAUGGGUAGAAAAUGUACCAUCGAAAAUAAUUAAUAAUGCUAAACAAUCAUUAAAAGAUAUGCCAACAUCACGUCCUUAUACACCACGUGAUGACUCAAGAUAUAUAUUAAGUAAACUUAAUCAUGAUACAACUUCAUUAAAUACAAUAUCAAUUGAUUAUGAAACUGAAUCACGACCAAUGUCUAGUAAAACAGCAGAUGUUAUACGACGAAAUUCAAAAGGUUCAAUCGCAGGAAUAUCUGAUAGUUCUACUCUCGUCGCAGCACCACCACCAAUAAGACUUUCAAAACUUAAUCAUCAACCAUCCCAGGAUCAAGUAAGUUCAGGUGAUAGUAGCAUUUCAAGUCAAACAAAACCUCCAUUACCAUCAAAUCAUCAUCAACGAUCAAAUGUUACAUCAACAACUACUAAAUCAUCACAUCGUCGAAUGAGUUCAGCAUCAACAAAAGAUGAUUCAUCUGAAGAAAAUCUUAUUUGGAAACAUGAAAUUGGUCCAUUAAUUGAAACACUUAUAAGUGCUUAUCAAAAAAAUCAUUUUGAACAAUUUGAUCGGACAUGUAAUGAUCUUUAUAGUUGUUUAUCAAAACAUAAUUUAUUUGGAAAAAAAAGUCAUAAAAAACGUGGAGAAUUACUUAAAACAUUAUUCAGUUUUAUUGAAUCGGAUAAUUCAAUUGUACGAUUUCAUGUUGUUCGUUUAAGUCUUGCUUUUCAAAUAAGUAGUUCAAAUAAUUUACGACAUAUAAUUCGUUUAACAGCUGAUUUAACUUCAAAAAAAACGAAUGAUCAUUUUUUUUUAAAUUCAAAUAUUCUUGAUCUUCUUUUUGAAACAAUACCACGUGUUGAUGUUGAACAAAAUCUUGAAGCUAUUGCUUAUUUUUGUACAACAUUACAAAAUUUAACUGUUAAUAAUGAACUUAUUUGUUUAAUUUCCGAGAAAAAACCAUUUGAAUUAAUAAAAAAUAUUUUAAAAAAUCUUCUUCGAUUAAAAGAUCAAACACAACUUGCUGACAAAUUAUGUGAAUGUUUAACACCAUUGACAAGUGCAUUGAGAAAUUUAGCUGAUAAUGAUGUUAAUCGUCAAGAAUUCUUAUCCGAUGAUCUUAUCGAACAUUUAACAUUUAUAUUAAAAUAUUUUACCGAUAAAUCUCAUGAAAAUUUGAUGAAAAAUGUCGCACGAUUAUUCAGUAAAUUAACUCAACAUACUGAUUGUUGUAUGAAACUUGUGCAAUGUUCAUCAUGCUAUCGUUCAUUUCUUAAAAUACUUAUUAAACAUGAAAGUAAUCAGGCAUUAGUUGUUCGUAUCUGCUUUAUUCUUGGUAAUAUGAUGGCUAAAAGUGAAGAUGCUCGUUUAACAUUUAUGAAAGAUUCACAUGCAUUACAAACAUUAACAAAACUUCUUCAUUCAUAUAUUCAACUUGAUUCUCUUGUAUUAAAACCUGAUAAACUUGAUACUAAUGAUUCUACAAGUCAAGAUGUUGAUGUUGUUGAUGAUCCAAAUACAAAUCAAUUUCGUUCAAUUGAAAAUGUUAUUAAUAAAGUUAUACGUGUAUUAAGUAAUUUAGCUAUAUCAGAAGAAAAUGGUUUAAUUAUUAUUCGACGUGAUGAUUGUAUUGAUCUUUUAUUUAAACUUCUUAAAGCACCAAAUCAACAUAGUGAAGAAUUACUUGUACAUGUUUUAAUGGCAUUAAAUAAUUUAUCAUAUUAUGAUGAUUCACACAGUUAUAUUAAUCGAAAUUCUGAAACACUUGCUCAAUUAUUGGUCAAAUAUAUUCGAAAUGAAGAAAGAAUGGAUUGUGUUGUUGAAGCAUUUCGUGUACUUGGAAAUUUAUCAAGAACAACAAGAAUUCGUGAUAUUUUAAUGAAGUGUAAAGUUGAUCGUUUGGCAAUUCAUCAUUGUCAAUCGGAUAAUGUUGAAUUAUUAUAUGCUGUUAUUGGAGUUUUAAUUAAUUUAACUGUUGAUGAAGAUAAAAGAGAAUGUUUGAAAAUUCAUCAUGGAAUUGACAGUUUGAUAAAUAUUUUUGAAUAUUCAAUUCAAUCAGAUUGGCAAUUAUCAAGUCUUGUUUGUAAAGCAUUAUGGAAUUAUUGCGAUAAUAAUUAUGAAAAAGCUGAUAGUCAACCACUUUGGUUUACUGCACAUCAACUUAAAAUUUUACUUAAUCUUUUUGAUGAAUCUCUUCAUGAAAGUAAUCUUGAGUCAACUGAUGAUGAAUCAUUAGAUGAAUUAAAUAAACAAUUAUGGAAUGAAGAAUAUUUUCCAGUAGCAUCACGUUUAUAUCAACGUAUAAUUGAAGGAAAUGAAUAUUUUAAAACAAUACAAAUAAAUAAUUAUUCAUAA